CUAAAGACUCGCUUCACUUCACUUCACUGCCAGAUUGUUUCAGCUUGUCCAGUUCACCACUGCCAGGGAAAGAUGGGAGAAGAAUAUGCUGACUAUGAUACGUCCACCAGCACCACAAAUUAUACUGAUUUUGGUGAUCUGGAAUUUGAGGGCAUGUGCAACAGGAAAUGGGUCCGUGAAUUCCGAGGAUACUACGAGCCCCCUCUGUUUUGGAUGAUCUUUGCGCUGGGCAUGUUUGGUAACCUUUUAGUGGUGUGGAUCUAUACAACUGUCCACAACCGGCUGAAAACCAUGACUGACAUGUAUUUGCUCAACUUGGCCAUAGCUGACCUGCUCUUCCUGUUCACGCUGCCCUUCUGGGCUAUCGAUGCCCAGAGUGGCUGGAUCUUCGCUGACGGCUUCUGCAAGGUGAUGUCCGCUUUGUACAAGAUCAACUUCUUCGCCAGCAUGCUCCUACUGACCUGCAUCAGCGUGGACCGCUAUGUGGCCAUCGUCCAUGUCACAGAGGCCCACAACCAGAGCAAGCGGGUCAGACUACUGCAGAGCAAGCUGGCCUGCCUGGUGGUCUGGCUGGCCUCCGGCAUCCUGGCCAUGCCCGAGUUCAUCUUCGCCAAGGUGAAGCCGGAGGCGUCAGGGUCGUUCUGCACGUUGGUGUACUGGAACAAUGAGCACAACCGCACCAAGGUUCUGGUGCUGUCGCUGCAGAUCUGCAUGGGCUUCUGCAUCCCGCUGUUGGUCAUGGUCUGCUGCUACUCUGUCAUCAUCCGGAAGCUUCUCCAGGCGCGCAACUUCGAGAAGCACAAGGCCCUGCGCGUUAUCUUCGCCGUGGUGGCGGUGUUUAUCAUCUCCCAGUUGCCAUACAACGCUCACCUGGUGGUGGAGGCAGGGCAGGCCAGCAAUGCCACCAUGACCGAUUGCAACACGCUAAUCAGCUUCGACGUGAUCGGCCAAGUGGUGAAGAGCCUGGCCUACCUGCACUGCUGCAUCAAUCCCUUCCUCUACGCGUUCAUUGGCGUGCGCUUCAGGAAGGAUCUCCUCAAGCUGCUGCACAAGGUCACCUGUGGGACACUGACGGCACCAGCAAUGCCGCCCAAGCGGCCUUCGGUCAUGUCCGACACAGACACCACCCCAGCGCUGUCCCUCUAAACUCACCUGAGACUCAUGUUCAGAGCAGCUUUAAGUUCGGAGUAGAUCAACGUUCAGGGAGGUUCCCUGAUGCCAAAGCCUCAGUCAGGAGGUUAAAGUACAUCUCCACUUACAGUACCUCCACUCAUCCUACAAAUCUCUUAGAGAGCAUAGAGGGACAGUUCUAGGCAGUAACUUUUAGGCAAACUUGAUGGCGGUACUGUGUAUUGUUAGACCUUGCCCUGCGCCGUACUUAGACCCUACAUUUGAUGGCAGUGACGUCAGAUGUUGAAUGGGCUCUAGUAGUGUGUUUCAGACUGACAAUAUUAGAGGAGAGUAUAGCUAGCUAGCCUGGUGUACAAAACUGGAUUCUUUGGAAACUUUGUUGUACAUAAAUUAAUUCUUUGUUUUUUCUCUAAUAUGGAAGGUUCUCAGACAUAUUGUCAGAUGUUGUUUUUGAAUCAUUUUUAUAACUGUCUGCUUGUACAUACAUGUCAAUGUAAAUACACAUUUGUUCAGUUUUGA